AUGGCAUCACGCGUUAUCGAAUCAUUGACCCCUUCAGAGUAUUCACCUCUUCUUUCUGGUGAUCCCGAACCCACUCAUCAUCCACAGUCAACAUUUCCUCACAGUCCGGACGAGCGUCAUAUACGCAAUGAAGUCCCUGGAACGCUUACACGUCGCUUGUAUAUCUCGCACUUUCUAUCAACAUGGAACUCUCGCGUCUUUGAGUUUGGGGCUGUGCUCUACCUGGCUUCGAUUUAUCCGGGAACUCUGUUACCCAUGUCAGUUUAUGCCCUCUCCCGAGGUGUCGCAGCGAUUCUGUUUGCACCAGCGGUGGGCAAUUAUAUCGAUACUGGCAACCGGCUGCAAGUAGUUCGAGUCUCGAUCGGAUCUGUUAGGUUGUGGUUGUCGCAGGAAAUGAUCAUGAAGGCCUCAGGAAUGCGCAGGAUUGACCUCGCGUGUAAACUUAUCGGGCCACUCGUCAUAGCCUUGGUUGACGGUGUCUCGACUAAGAUUGCCAUCAUGUUCAACCUGGGAAUGAAUGUUGGUUCUGUAGUCUUUGAAUACUUUUUAAUUGCCAGAGUAUACUAUGAGGUACCCGAACUCCAACAACCAGAGGCGAAAACAUACCUCGACUCGCCAAACACGGAAUCCGACCAGCAAAACAGCAAAACGCGCCUCUGGCACUACUGGCAUUGUCUCACACACAAGGCCCUCAGAGACUUCGAAUCCUACUUUCGUCACCCUGUCUUCCUCCCCUCAUUUGCCGGCGCUUUGCUAUAUCUGACUGUCCUCUCAUUUUCGGGGCAAAUGGUCACCUGGCUCUUAUCAACAGGCUACGACUCCACACAGGUUGGCAUCGCGAGAACCCUAGCCGUAGUAUUCGAAGUCCUCGCAACAUGGAUCGCUCCUUGGCUCAUGGGGAGAAUUGGUCCCACACGUGCCGGUCUAUGGCUCGCCAAUUGGCAAAUUAUAUCACUGGUAGCUGGGAUGACCAUCUUCUGGAUAUUCCCCGAGCAGCCUCUUAUCUCCGCAUCAGCACUCGUAGGAGGGACGAUCCUCAGCCGAGUCGGGUUGCGAGGCUUUGAUUUGUGCGUUCAGAUCCUCGUUCAGGAGUGCGUCGAACCCAAAAGUCGAGGCAGUUUCUCCUCAGUAGAGGCUGCGUGGCAGAAUGCGUUCGAGAUUGGUUCGUACAUCUCGACUAUUGUGUUUUCGAGACCGGAUCAGUUCGCAUGGCCAGCCCUUAUCAGUGUGGUUGCUGUUGGCCUUGCUGGGGUGCUUUAUGCGGUCUUUGUUCGCAUGCAGCGUGGCCAUCUGAUACAUGUGCCAACGUGGAUUGCAGCUCCGGGAAUGCUGCAGCAAAUGAGGGAGAUUUGUAUUGAGAGGAUUUAUUCGUCGUCGGAGGUCUAG